AUGCCCCGGCUUGUUUGGGCUGACAGUGAGGACACGGGUUUCUAAACCAAUCACUGGGAAGUUUGCAGAACCAUUACCUUUUAGUUUUGCUUUCCGGUUAAUCGCUACUGGGGCCAUCAGAUCAGAGUCACUGGGAGCUCCGGGACGGACGGAAAGCUAUCUUGCAGCUUGAUUUGGUGACUUCUCUGUGACAUGGCAUCUCCUCUGAAUCCACAGCUCACGGAGGAUGGAGUGAAAGAGACAGCACCAAGUGAUACCAGCAGUACAGUGCCCAGUGCCGAGCCAACCAGUGAUGAACCCAGUACCCCUCCAGCGAUCACCAAGGAGACCCUGGUGUUCUUUGACCUGGAAACCACAGGCCUAGAAAAAUAUUGUGAUAUUGUGCAGCUGUCGGCAGUGAGCGGUGAGAAGGUCUUCGACAAGUACAUCCUGCCCAGUAAUCCGAUGUCGGCAGGAGCAGUAGCCGUUACUGGGAUACAGAUCAUGGAUGGAAUCUUGUACCUGAGAGGUGAACCUAAACCCACCUGCAGCCUCCAGGAGGCCAUGGCAGCUUUCUUCCAGUUCCUGCAGUCGCUGGACAGGCCUCUGUUAGCAGGCCACAACAUCUGGAAAUUUGACUGUCCUAUUAUUCUAAGAGCCUGGGAAGAGCUCUCCAUGAAAGACCAAUUUGCCAGUUGUUUGACUGGAUUUCUGGAUACAUUCUGGCUGUCCAGGGAUAUUGUUCCCAGGUCAGAGGUCAGCAGCUAUCGGCAACCUGAUUUAGUGCGGACUUAUCUUAAGAAAGAUUAUGAAGCGCACAACGCUAUCGAAGAUGUAAAGAGCUUGCAGGAGUUGUACUCUGUUCUCAAAUUUACUCCGGAGCAGAAACAGAACAGUCAAUUUUCUCUCUGUCAGCUUGAAAGCCGUGUGUCUCUGCAGCCUCUUGUUGAUGCUAAAAUCCUAUUCUUUCAGCUUGCUCACAAACUUGCGAUGCAGGAAGUUAGUUACGAAAAGCUGAAGUUCGCACAUCAGCAAGAUGCUGAAUCAGGGCUAAAGACCCUCCUCCAAUCUCUGGGACACUCUGGGCCUAAUUACAUUAGACUCUCAAGCUUUUUCAGUGCUUGAAAGCUCGGGCUGCUGGUUUACUCCUGCUUUGUUAACCUGCUGUACAGUGGACAGAUGAGGACACGUCUUCCUCUCAAUAAGUAAGAAAAACACACACUUUUCCUAAGAACCAAGACACAAAGUAUUUCCUCACCUUUUCUUACUUACUAAUUGCUGCAGAUCUCCGCACUGCUGGAACCCUUUUAUCGCUGCUUUUAUAUAUAUAAAUAUAUAUAUUAUAUAUAUACAAUGUUAUAAUAUGUAACUUUCAAUAAAAAAUAUUUUAAAA